UCGAGCCGGCUUUCCUGCGGGCGGCGCUGCGCCGGGUCAUCCACGAAACUGUCCCGGAGUGGGUCCAUGCUGUCAUUCGUCCCCUAGCAGCAAAACUGGAGUAUUUUAUCCCUCAACCCUUUGCAGGAGAGAUCCUGGGAAUGUGCCAGGCGCUGGGGAUCAGCGUUGGAGAUGGAAUCCUCAUCAAUUUGGCCUAUGAAUCUACUGCUUUCUGCACCAGUAUUAUUGCUCAAGAUUUGAAGGGAAACAUUUACCAUGGUCGGAACUUGGAUUAUGCUUUUGGAGAUAUUUUACAGAAGAUUACAAUUGACGUGCAGUUUAUGAGAAAUGGACAGGUGGCCUAUAAGGGUACCACCUUUUUCGGCUAUGUAGGCUUAUGGACAGGACAAAGUCCACACAAGUUCACAAUCUCUGGUGAUGAACGAGACAAAGGAAGUUGGUGGGAGAAUGCAAUAGCUGCUUUCCUGAAUCGAAAUCUCCCAGUCAGCUGGCUUGUCAGGGAUACCCUGGACACAGCUGCAGACUUUCAAGCUGCUGUCCUCAAGCUGGCUGCGACCCCCAUCAUUGCGGACGUUUAUUACAUCGUCGGAGGGACGUUGCCCAAAGAGGGCGUGGUCAUCACGAGGAAUAGAAAGGGCCCGGCAGACAUCUGGCCUCUGGAACCCACAGCUGGAGCGUGGUUCCGUGUGGAAACUAACUAUGAUCACUGGACAACCCCUCCUCCUUUUGACGAUCGAAGAACUGCAGCCAUUAAAGCUCUCAAUGCCACUGGACAGAAGAAUAUUAAUUUUGAAACCCUCUUCAAGGUAUUAUCAGUGAGGCCGGUCUUAAACAAUUACACGGUGUAUACCACAGUAAUGAGUGCUGCAGUUCCAGACAAGUACUUAACGUGGAUCAGAACCUUGGAGUAAACAUGUACAAAAGGGGGAAAAGUUGAAGCUUUCCAAGUCCAGCAUUACUUUUAAAGUAAAUUAAUGCACUGCAGUUUUUUUUGCACAAAACAAUUCCUUGAGUGUUUCAGGAAAAGCUGACUUGCCAGAUUCUGAUGAUGUUAAUGUUCUGAAAUGAAGGUUUUACUAAAUUUUAUGAAUUACA